ACUCAGCAAUUCAUCCCCUUGAUCAUAACCUCUUUGCUAUCCUUUCCUCUGCAUCUUCCCCAACCCAUUUCCUUACUUUCUACUUUGAAGAAUUACCUGUUAAGAGUGAUACUUCCUGUCCCAAGAAAUGGCAUCAAGUUCAAUGUCUUCUCGGGGUUCUGGCUCCUGGACUGCUGAGGAAAACAAGGCUUUUGAGCAGGCUCUAGCCGUGUAUGACCAGGACACACCUGACCGUUGGUACAAUGUUGCCAAGGCUGUCAGGGGGAAAACCCCGGAGGAGGUCAAGAGGCACUAUGAGCGUCUCGUGGAAGAUGUCAAGCACAUCGAGUCAGGCCAAGUGCCCUUCCCCAAUUACAGGACUGCUGGAGGGAGUAACAAUGGAAACAUGGCUAACGAGGAGAAAAGGAUGAAGAAUCUGAAGCUCCAUUAGACUCUGGAUUUCCCAUUGCAUCACCUGCAAUAAAGACCUAUUAUCAUGCUCCAAAUAUGAGUUAUAUGGUCACCCUAUAAAUAGUAGUAUAGUAGCAGAAUAAUCAGUACCAGUGUCUCUAUCUACUCUUUUCAUUUCCAGUUGUCAUCUCUGUUUUUCUUUCCACUACUAAAUGUAUUCAACAUAUAGAGGAAGAGAGGCAGAAAAUGUCUCUCAAUUCCUCACGUGUUUUCAUGGUGUAAGAAAGUACGUUGUUGAAUAAUAAAUAUAUAAUGCAUGC